CUGUCAUUUGGUCGUUAUAGUGUUGUUCCUUUUCUAUAUUAAAAGUGCUUGCGGUCAAUUGUAAUUAUUCGAAAAUUCUAGAAUAUUAAAGAAAUGCGACUGAUUGGAUCAAUUACUGUGGUGCUUCCAGCUAUUUAUUUAUUCAUUGGAUAUACAAAUGGCAUCAGUGUGCAUGAGGAUGAAAAUGAAACGCCAACCACACAAAUUGCUGUGUUGACAACUGCGAUUAAUCCAUCCGAUAAGCUAUCAAAUAUAACAUCAAGAAAUAUGCAUACACAAAACUCAACGUCUCAUGGACAUUCAAUCAUAAAAUCGUCAACUUUAAUGAGAAAUUCGACGAAAAUACGUGAUGUUGCAAAUAUGCGAAAUAUCACUGCAGCGAAUCCAUGGCCAAAUAUAUCUACCGUUAAUGAAACGAAUAAUAUCGGUAUCGAUGGACAACAUCAUCUACUGUCGAAUAUCGAUUCGAAAAAUUGGCAAACACCAACAAUGAAAUAUGAAACGUCGAACAUAUUCAUUCCAUCGCCUGAAUUGAUUGUCGAUACAAGUCAAUCGUCGGAAUCUACCGAAAAUAAUCAUCGUUACGUAGUUCCUUUUCCUCUAUACAACAACAAAAACAGCAACCAUUCAAAGUCACGCAGUAAUUUACCGACGAAUGUAAGUCAAGACAGUGCAAAUAAUUAUGCAAAGUUCACCAUCGAUGGUGUCGCACAAAAUACAUUGUCAACAAUACCAGCUGAUGGUGGUAGUGGUUCGGUGCUCAACGAAAACGAUAAAUUACCAUGGCCGUAUGAGAAUGCCGCAAGGGAAUUUAAGUGGAAAACAAUAAAACCAACCAAACCUGUAACCGUUUUAUUCAAAAGAAAUUAUGUCAACUUAAAUCAUACGGAUGAUAAGAAUGUUAAAGUUUUGCCACGUAACACUGUUAACACUGAAACGACACAAUCCAGCACAUCUAUUUUAUCAACAAAUACAUACCCAUCGCUGGCUACAGCCACUUUACCCGCAUACCAUCCAUAUACAUUUGAAAAUAUUCAUACAUCUUUGCCCUCAUCUGAAUUUCCCACAUAUCAACCUGAAAUACAUGAAAAUCAUGAUGCUUUAACACAACCAAUCGAACAACAAAACGAAACAAACAAAUUUGAUGAAAAUUACGAUGCCAAAGACAAUAUUGUACCCGUUCAACGAAUUAAUAAAGAAAUUCUUUGGCAUACGGCACUUAAGUGGAUGGCAACAGCCAUUCCAAUUGGCUUGGUAAUAUCAGCAUUAGUGCCAAAUGUGGUUGUGGUGAACACAAAUUCCACAUCACCAUACUCAACAACCAUUUAUCCUACACCGUAUCACCUGAAAACAACACCAAAAACAACUAUUUAUUCGGCUUAAAAUCGAUACGAGCAAUUAACACAUGAAAGAUAAAAUCAUUCGACGUUCGUGGUGAAAUCGAAACAACUCCAAAGAAAUAAACAGUCAUUCAGGAGCAAACUUUUGUGAAAAUCACAAUUUAGGUGAACCGGAAAUUCUAGCGGAUGAUAAAAUGAACAAAAUGCAACCAAAUCGGCGCACAUGUUU